CAGAAUGGUCGUGUCAGUUUGAAAGUAAAAAGCCUGUGGAGAGGGUGUUAACCCAAUUUUUAGAGUGUUUGAAAAAGUAGAUUAUAAAAGAAAUGUCUAAUGAACAUACCUUAGAUUUGCAUUAUGUUCAUCAGAGCUUCCAAAGAAGUCUAAAAGAAGAAGAUGAUGUAGUGAUAGAGGCUUAUAUUGACGGAUACAAUGAGCUAGUGAAGUUCUUAAACCUGAUCGGGUCAGUAUUCUCUUUUGUGAGUAGUGAUGUAAAGAGCAAAAUAAAGGUGAUGGAAAAACAUAGAGAAGGUGACGAUGCUAUUUAUUACGAGUCCUUUAAGAAAAUGAUGAAGUACGAAAAAGAGACUUGCUUACACGAAAAUAAUGGUUUUGUUUCUGGUUCAAGGACAAUGUUACGAUUACAUAGAGGAUUAGAUUUCAUCAGAUUAUUUCUGAAACGUCUUAGUGAUUCAGAUGAUGCAGUUAACACAUGUACAACUUGCCAGUCAUCAUAUAAUGAAACAUUGGCUGAAUUCCAUCCUUGGUACAUCAGGAAAGCAGCAACACUUGCAAUGCAUGCACUCCCAACAAGACCUGACUUAUUGAAAAAGAUCUUCGGUACCGAGGACAGGUUAACUGAAGCGAUGACCAUACUGCCACAAACUCUUCAAUCUUGUGAUGAGGUAUACCAAAGAGUGGAACAACUUUACACGGACUUCGACUUUCACGGCUUGCCAUAAAUUAACUAGCCAAAGAAUCAAACAUAUCGGUAUAUAUACGUGGGUUUUCAAUGUCGAAACACUUGCAAAAAAAAACAUAGUCGUUUCUAAUCUCUUCGGAAAACUAUAAAUAUUGUUGGCAGUUUCGGCAGUGGAAAAUCACGAAUGCAGUAUGCGAUUCAUGUAUGGUGUAUUUGAGACGCUACGGUAAAUUGUGAGGAAAUGUAUUAACUACUAGGGCAGCAUAAAAACGCAGGACUCGUAUGGUAUGCGACUCUCCCGGCUGCAUAC